ACCCCCCUCCCCCCUUCCCUCCUCCUCCGGUUUUGCACUGUAGACGUGUGGCUCUUGUCAAAUCUUUGUUUUGUCUUGUCAAUCUGCUCAGUUGCUGGGACGUGCCUUGUUUCUCAAACCUAUAUUGCGCAGGCGUGAUCCAAUCUGAGCCCAGCGAAAUGCUCUUGGAUAUAGAAUGGGAUCACCCUCUCUGCUCCGAUAUCGUGUUAACCUAUUUCUGGGAGUGAGUGAACCAAGACGCUGCGGGCGGUCUACUUCCUGGACUCAUCCUUGAGGGAAAUCGGAGCGUGCACGUUUCGCCGGUCACUUUUUCGGCACAAACAACGGACGUCAACCUGUGGAUGACAAGGCGAGCGAAUCAAAGAGAUUACAUUCGCGGCUCCGCAGUAGCGUUGUCACAGCCCCCUCUGCCAUUAAAAUCUAGGGCGCGUGGCUUGGCUGUAAGCGGCUGCGCAUCCCGCGGUUUUUAUGAAAGGGGAAAACGCGCAGUCCGAAAGUGAAUCGAUUUCGGUUUAUGAAUGGCCCUGACAUGGAGGAAAUUCCGUUUCAGAAAGUCAAAACCCGGAGGAAGAGAGGCCACUGUCCGUCCGGAUCCCGUUUGAAUGCCAUCGCCUGCGAGGACGAGUUUGACUGCAAGGAGCUGGAAUCGCUCUUUCAAAUUUACAACCUGAAACUGGAGCAGACCUCGACCCUGAAGGCGCUGGCGGUUUUGAUCGUCAUGGCAUCAACUUUGGCUCUGGUGGAACUGAUGUCCGGUCCCAGCCUCACCAUCUCUAAGGGAUCCCAUCCGGUGCACUGCAUCAUAUUCGUCUCCUUGUUCAUUGUCACCAAUGUCAAGUACCUGCACGUGACACAACUUCAGCAGAUCGUCAAGCUGACCCUGCUCUUCAGUUUCACCUUCGCUUUUCUCUGCUGCCCGUUCUCUCUGGGCGCCUACGGCGUGGAGCCGCCGACGUCCCCGGAGCAGGGGAUGUGGCAGCUCAUGCUAGUCACGUUUGUCGCCUACUCGCUCCUGCCUGUUCGGACUCUGCUGGCCGUGCUAUUUGGAAUUAUGGUGGCCGUGUCCCACGUUAUCGUAACAGCCACGUCAGUCACUGCCAAAAGACAGAGAUUGUGGAGAACGCUGGUGGCCAACACGGUCCUCUUCACCAGCGUCAACCUGUCGGGCGUGUUCGUGCGGAUCCUCUCUGAGCGCGCUCAGAGGAAGGCCUUUCUGCAGGCGCGCAACUGCAUCGAGGAGAGGCUGAGGCUGGAGGACGAGAACGAGAAGCAGGAACGCCUCCUGAUGAGCCUGCUGCCCAGGAACGUCGCCAUGGAGAUGAAGGAGGACUUGAAGCCACCGGAGAGGAUCUUCCACAAGAUCUACAUCCAGAGGCAUGACAACUGUCAGUUUGCUGUUUUUCCACCCAGCAUCCUGUUCGCUGACAUCGUGGGUUUCACAAGUCUGGCUUCCCAGUGCACGGCGCAAGAGCUUGUCAAGUUGCUGAAUGAACUCUUCGGCAAGUUUGACGAACUGGCCACAGAAAACCACUGCAGGCGCAUCAAGAUCUUGGGAGACUGUUACUACUGCGUCUCUGGCCUGACCCAGCCCAAGACUGACCACGCCCACUGCUGCGUGGAGAUGGGCCUGGACAUGAUCGACACCAUCACGUCGGUGGCGGAGGCCACGGAGGUGGACCUGAACAUGCGUGUGGGUCUGCACACGGGCCGGGUGCUGUGCGGGGUGCUGGGACUCAGGAAGUGGCAGUACGACGUCUGGUCCAACGACGUGACGCUGGCCAACGUGAUGGAGGCAGGCGGACUGCCUGGAAAGGUGCACAUCACCCGGACCACCCUGGAGUGUCUGAACGGGGACUACGAGGUGGAGCCAGGCUACGGGCACGAGAGGAACGCCUUCCUCCAGAAGCACCACAUCGAGACCUUCUUCAUCGUGCCGUCUCACCGGAGGAAGAUAUUCCCCGGCCUGAUCCUGUCGGACAUAAAGCCGGCCAAGCGGAUGAAGUUCAAGACGGUGUGCUACCUGCUGGUGCAGCUCAUGCACUGCCGCAAGAUGUUCAAGGCCGAGAUCCCCUUCUCCAACGUGAUGACCUGCGAGGACGACGACAAGCGGCGAGCGCUCCGCACGGCCUCGGAGAAGCUGCGGACCCGCACCUCGUUCUCCGGCGGCGCGGUGCAGCUCUCGCCCGGCACGCGCGUCAACCGCUACAUCAGCCGGCUGAUCGAGGCGCGGCAGACCGAGUCGGAGACCGCCGACCUGCACUUCCUCUCGCUGACGUACCGCCGCGCCGAGCGGGAGAGCAAGUACCACCAGAUACCGGACGAGCACUUCACCAGCGCAGUGGUGCUUUCCCUGACGCUCGCAGCGCUGUGCGGCCUGGUCUACCUGCUGAUAAUCCCGCAGGGAACGGUGGUACUGCUCCUUUUGGUGCUCUCCGUUUGCUUCCAUCUCGCUUGCAUUAUGUACCUGCAUGUCACUAGCGUUCAGUGUAUCCCAGGCUGCCUCACCAUCCGGAUCAGGACGGCUCUGUGCGUGAUCCUGGUGCUCUUGGUCUACGCGGUGGCUCAGGGGUGUGUGGUGAGCUGCCUGCCCUGGACCUGGGGUGGCAACUCCAGCGCCCCGGACUCGGGGUCGGACCCGCGGGGGGGGGAGAACGGCACCGCCCCGGCCCUGCCCUGCGAGAGCGCCCCCUACGCCUUCCUGUCCUGCGCCGGCGCCACCCUCACCCUGGCCCUCUUCCUGCGCGUCUCCUCCCUGCCCAAGAUCGUCCUGCUCCUGCUGCUCAGCGUCCUGUACGUCACCGUCCUGGAGGUCAGCGGCUUCAGGAAGUCCGUUGGGGGCGGGCUUGUCUCCCCGCGCGGGUACGAGCGCGAGUACGAGCGCGGGUACGAGCCCAUCUUUGCCAUCCUGCUGUUUGCCAGCGCGCUGAUUCUGCACUCCCGGCAGCUGGACCUGAAGCUACGGCUGGACUACCUGUGGGCCGCGCAGGCGGAGGAGGAGCGGGACGACAUGGAGAGGGUGAAGCUGGACAACAAGAGGAUCCUCUUCAACCUGCUGCCUGCGCACGUGGCGCAGCACUUUCUGAUGUCCAAUCCGAGGAACAUGGACCUGUACUACCAGUCCUACGCCCAGGUCGGGGUGCUCUUCGCCUCCAUCCCCAAUUUCAACGACUUCUACAUCGAGCUGGACGGGAACAACAUGGGAGUCGAGUGCCUCCGCCUCCUCAACGAGAUCAUCGCCGACUUCGACGAGCUCUUGGACAAGGAAUGCUACAAGGACAUUGAGAAGAUCAAGACCAUAGGAAGCACGUACAUGGCAGCUGUGGGUUUGGUGCCCACCACUGGAACCCAGGCCAAAAAGUCCGUCUCCUCACACUUAUGCACAGUAGCGGACUUCGCCAUCGAGAUGUUUGAUGUGCUGGACGCAAUCAACUACCAGUCCUACAACGACUUUGUGCUGCGAGUGGGCAUCAAUGUGGGUCCAGUGGUGGCGGGCGUCAUCGGGGCCAGAAGGCCCCAGUACGACAUUUGGGGGAACACGGUCAACGUGGCCAGCCGCAUGGACAGCACGGGCCUCCAGGGCAAAAUACAGGUCACGGAGGACGUGUACCGCACGCUGAAGGGCAGCUAUGACCUGGUGUGCCGCGGCAAGGUCAGUGUCAAGGGCAAAGGGGAGAUGCUGACUUAUUUUCUGGAGGGGAAGUGCCCGGGGCCCGGCUCCCAGGGCAGAUCAAAGGGCCUGCAGCGCCCGGGGCAUCCGUGCGGCCGGCCCGGCUUCAGCCCGGCCACCAUACAGACCACGUCCACCAUGGCGAACAGCGCCGUCCUGUACCUCCCGUCCGUGUCCCUGUCCCUCUCCGUGCCAGCAGGGAAGGAGGCGUGAGAGAAGACCCCCAGUCCCGCCACCCCACUCCGCCCCACCCCCGACACCCGCACCCCCACACCCACCCCAAAACAAUCGAUCGAGGGUCUUAGGCAAGCGGCUUCAUCGAGGGCCCCCCUGCAGUGCAACCAAAGAGAACCUUGAGUUCUGUUACGAAAAUCACUUUAGAAACUUUUUUUUUUUUUUUUUUUUUUUUUUUUUUAAAAGGAACUUGUUCAGAGAGGUUACAAGGGCUAACGACUCUGUUAGGACUGGUUCCCGAGUGAAGUUUUUGGGAAACGUAAAUCGCCACAAUGUUGAGCCAGGUUCUUCUUCUUCUUCUUCUUCUUCUUUGGAUUUUACCCACGGGUGGUCCACGUUCGACGCUGACUGUAAUUAACGACGGUUCUGCACCUCAACCAGUCGACAGCGGUUGAGAGAACCUGCGGGGUUCGUUCAGGGGUUACGAAAACCGACCUCGAAUAAGAAGGAGGAGGAUUUUUGAAAGACGAUUCCAGACGACGACGAGGAGAUAUCCCAUGAGCACCAGUAUCAUCUCCGAAGGAAGAAAAUAUGUCUUCCCUCCGUGUUUUCCAAUGUUGAAAAGACUUCUUCUUUUGGCCUCCUCAAACUGCAACGGUCUGUGCUGGCUACGGGAGACCGGCACAUUUAUCUUAAAGAGAGCUCUGAGUUGCACAGGAUUCUUGCGGCUUUUCUUUCUACAGUUCAGUGACCUUUCGCUGUUGUGUUGAUCAUUUGGCUUUAAUUUAAAUUUCUUCGUCUGUAGGAUUUAGCGGGCAUGCCUCUUUAAAAAAGUCGAUUGGUCUUUUUUCCUUUUUAUCCUUUUUUUUUUUUUGCUGUUGCCCUGGAUACACUCAAGCAUGCAAUCACAACGCCAGUGUCCGCGAAGUUACGAUGUAUUUUUUAACCAUCCUCCAAGUGUGCCAUGGUACAGUAGCUGUUUAUCUUUCCAGUUGUUUGGAGUCGGGGAGUAUUUUGAUACUACUGUUAUAAAAUUGAAUAAUUAUAGCCGUCUCAACAACAACAACAACAACAAAAAAGAGAUUCUAUUUUUAUGUCGGUGUUUGUGGGUUUUUGAACAGCCUUAAACUGUAAUUAAACAUCACAAACAGGAUUUUAAUGGCGGAUGACAGGGGGGUGUCUGGUUUUGGCCGUCCUCGCUUCCCUCUCUGCGGAAAGAACCGAAAGGAUUUUACCGCCCAGCUGCACGUCAGAUGCUGGAUUCACCCGUACCUCCGUUUCGCGGUCGCGUUUUUCCCCCCAAAAAACUGCGCCGAGCCUCUCGGUGCCGGCUGAGCCGUCCCGCGAGCAAACAUGCACAAGUAACGCAGUGAAAGGAACGGGACCAGCGGGUAAAAGAAACUGCAAAACUAGGGCUGCUGGUUCUUUCGGAGUCCCUUCCUAUACCCAGUUUAUCAGCCUGUAACAAUAGUAUCAGUAGGUCUGUCUUUAGCAUUGUCUCUUAGCAGGCUGCUGGUUGGCUGUUAACUGCCAUUCUCAGCACAGAGAUUUCUUUACUUAAAGUGUGCAGUAAAGUCUCAGACAGUACGGGGUUUUUUUUUUGUUUUGUUUUUUUCUCCUGCACAGAAAUCAAGACAGCUGGUGGUUGUGCUCCGUGUUAUCUCUAAUGGGGAGGGUUAUCACGAGAGGGAAGUGGCAUGUUGUGUCAAAGGAACGAGUUACCCGCUCUCAUUUUCACACACACACACACACACACACACACACACUUCACACGCACACACACACACACACACACACACUUUGCACGCGCACACACACACACACACACUCUCACACACACACACACACACACACUUCACACUUCACACGCGCACACACACACACACACUUCACACUUUGCACGCACACACACUUCACACUUCACACGCACACACACUUCACACACUUCACGCUCAUCUCAGGUCCAGGGGUGUGUGAUUAGUGGAUGUUAAAAUGUGUGUGUGUGGGGGGGGGGGGGGGUCGUCUGAAACGAGGGAUGGACAGGUGAAGGGAGAAAGGGGUAUUCUCUCUCUCUUUCUGAGUUAAGAAGGAAGGUAAAGAUUGAUGCUGAACCCAGCUGAUAGAAAACUCUAGAAAUAAAGAAAAAAAAAGCAGAUCAUGCCAACUUAAGCUAUUGCAUGGCUUUUCACUAAACUGAGCAUUUGUACAGUAGAUAUGUUCUUCCAGGAUACUGGCACAUGGCCCUGGGAGUAACAGUAUGGUAGUUUUAAACCUUUAGGUUUUAAAUCUUUCAUUAAAUUGUAUCUUUUUUUGUCCUCUGGAUAUUUUCUCAGUUGGGAGUAGUUGUUAAAAUUUUUUUUUUUUUUUAAAUUUUCAUUAAAUGGCCACAGUUUGGCAGUUUGUAAACAGGAGUUCUCGCCUCCCUGUUCCUGGAACGUGGCAGCGCUGCUCGUAACUGCUGCUUGCGGCUCUGUUGCAGUACCCAGUGAGGUCAUCGCCUCAUAGGGGCGGGGCUUAAUGGCUGAACCGCCCUGUGGCCUGGCGCACAAACAGGUGUUAGCACAGCCUCUGGGACUGGCUCCGGUCGUUGUCUCCGAUUUAGAGCUGAAAGGUUAUGUUUUUUUUUAUGCCCGCUUGUUGACAUACAGCACCUCAGAUCAGUUACGCGAGGUUCUCCGGCAGCGCAUUGUGUUAUCAAACGCAGCGAAAAGGGCAUGUUUGCGCACAGGGAUGUAUGUUCAGUCCGCCCGACCUUUCAUAUCUGAACCUAGCUAUUCAGUUCAAAACACUUUAACCACCUGCCAUUAAAUCAAUUACCCACCCAGUUCCUUCAGCGGUUGCGUUUCUGUUUUUGAAAGGCAGAGGGACAAGCCCUAAAAAGCAAACCACUCCCGUGUUGAUUCGCUGGUAUCGUACAGUAGUUUCCUAAUGGCUCCACGGGCUGGUUUGAACGGUGUAGAUAAGGACACCCGUAACCUAAGCUUCUCACUGGUGGUUUUACAUUGUGCUGAAGGUUUACAAAAGAAGCCACCAGGUAUAAGGAUGUCUUUUCAUCUGAGCAAUCUGAAAGAAGGCUGAACACAUCACAUGCUUUAAGGGGUGGAUGUGUCCCAGAAAUAAAUGUAUUUUAGCACAGAAAGGGUAAACCUCUCACUGCCACCUGGGCCUACUCUCAGUAGAUCGCACAAACCUGCUAAGACAAGCUAAACGUUAUUGACUUUUACGUUCAUAAUCUAUACAGACCUACAUUAAUAACAAUGUCAUUUUUCAUUUACAUGUAUUACUAGCUAAAUUUUAAAAUGUUAUUGCCUUUGAAGCAUUAAGGCCUUUAUAUUAUUAUUUACAAUAAUUAUUAUUAACUUUACACAGACUGACAUUUGAGAAAGCAGUCCAAUCUGAUGUAGAAACCACCAUACGGUUUCAGACAUUCUUUUCACUGCCUGAACCCUCUCAACUCUGGAGAUAAACAUCUUGACGUUGCUUCCGAAACAAAACAAAAACAUUCGACAGGCAAAAAGAGUACAUGGCCUUAUUUCUAUUGUUGCGAAAGUGAGGUUUCAUGAUUCUCACAAUGGACAGAGCUGUAACAAGCCAUUAUAAUCCUCCAGUCGCUGACCCAUGUGACCCAAUCAAAAGGUUAUGCCCUCUAUAGCAAUGCAGUGCAGAAUGAGUGAGUCAGUGACAGCAUAUCGUACUUCUGUCCAUUUUUGGUUUCUUGAAGCUUCGCUCUCUAAUCACUACUGAGUGAUUUCUUUUUCUUUAAUCUUGUUGUGUCCGGGUUUAAAAUAUUUGCCUUUUGGAUUAUCGCAUUUUAGUAUUCUGUACAGGAUUAAUUUUGUAAAUAAACCGAGCGGCACCAUGUGGAUUAUAUACUCUGUAAAAACAGGUUAUUUCGGGUUUCGUAAUCAAUACAUCUUUUAUAACAGUAAGUGUAAAAGUACAAUAUGUCAGUUAUUACCCAAUGAUAGGUAUUGCUCUGUCUUUGCAUCUAAUAAGCCUUCCAAUACAUUGUGCGUAUUGAUUAUGAUGUUUGAUGACAAUGAUGCUUAUUAUUAUUAUUAUUAUUAUUAUUAUUACUGUUACUAUCAUUAUUAUUUUAAGCCCCAUUAGGAUUAACAACUGUUCAACAAUUCACUUAAUUAUUUUUGAAAAGUAACCAUCGUAACCGAAUCACCUUUUUAUUUAAACAGAAAUAAAUUAUUUUUAGUAAAAUAAGUUGUAGAGGACAUCUGUGUUGCCAGUUGCAACUGGCAUCUUUAUUUCGGUAAGUGUUGAAGAAUUUUUUCGGUGAUUCCUAAAUACUUCCUUAGCUGAUAAUCAGUAGCAAUAAAACUGCACUUAGAGUUUCAAAAAAAUAAUAAUAAAUAUACAUUUGUUAAUAAGACUUAGCUGGAUUCCUAAAACCCUUUUAUUCUGCACAUAGGAGACCUAUUUUUUCAAGUUUCAAGGCAUGCAGGUAUACGGUAUUAAAAGUCUGUGUGUCUGUUCAAGAACAGCAUGCCACUGCAUGCUUCCGUUCACUACUCUUGUUUCUUUUUUUUUUAUUUUUCUUUUUUUUUUGAUUUGUCAAAAUAUAUGAUUUAAAAAAAAUUUCUGUACGAUUUUGUGAUUACAGUUUUAAUACUGCACAGCUCCUCCCUUUGGCUGUUUAUAAUGUGGUUUUAUGACAGUAAUAAUUGAUGUAUUAGUUAUUUUUUAAGUAAUCAUUUUUUAAGAAAUAUAAUCUAAAUGAUGGAAAGGCCGGUGCAGAACCCGGGGGGGGUGCUCUCGGAUACCGUUGUCAUGGAUACGUUCCGCAGGGCCCCCCUGGGGGGAACGCGUUGGUUUUUUUUUUUUUGGCUAAAGCAUGUACCUGUACCCACCCGCCUUACUCUGGGAUCGGCCCUCUGCCCUGUGACCGUUCUCAAAGUGGUGGUGGUGGGGGGGGGGGGGCGGGAGUCGCCUCUGUCCUGCAAACCCAAACCCUUCUGUCUUGUAUGCAUGAACCGGUCAAAGAAGAAGAAAAAAAAACAAAAAACGAACUCCUAGCUCUCAGUUAAAUGCAUGAUGAGGAAAACUGCCUACUUGAAUGUAGUCUAUAGCUUUCCAGGGUAUCCAUACUCACCCCCUUGUUCAGUGCUUUGUGUUGUAUGCAGUUUGUGACUGGGGUGGGGGGUGGGGGUGGGGGGGGGGGUGUGAGGCCCUCCUUCCCUUCUACACCCAGAUUUCCAGUAUUUGACAUGUGCGCAGUGCAUCGUGGGAUACUUUAAACGUGCCAACGCGCCGCCACCGUCGGAGCUCAGCCGCGGAAUCGAGAGUUUCUGUUUGCGCGCUCGCUAGCUUUAUUUCGAUAAAUUAUUAAUCACAUUUUUUUUUUUUUUUUUUUUUUUGAAGAUAGGCCCUCUAGAGAAGCCCGUUCGUUUAAAAAAAAAAAAGAAAAAAGAGAAAAAAUCCGGUCACCCGUCCCGUGGGAGGGAGCGCAUCCGAAUUCUCAUGGCAGCGACGCAUUCUGCAGCUCCGCGGCCGAACCAGCCCCCCCCCCCCCCCCCCCCCCGCGUGUUUACACUCACAACAAACACGGCUCUCCGGCGGGCCCGAAGCACAGCGUUCCCAAAACGAAUCCCAGGUCCCUCGUUUGCUGAGAGCCCUCCACCAAAAACAAAAAAAAACAAGAGAGACCCCCUGGAGUCCUGUAGUGGUUUUAUAAGACCAGCCUGCCGACGCAGUUCCUCGUCUUCAGCUGCCCUGCUGUAAACAAACUGUGUCGCAACUUUAAAAACCGACAAUUUAACAUUCAAAUAAAAAAAAUUUUUUUUUUUUUU